AUGGCUGACCGGGCGAGUGAAGCGUACACGCCACUGGACGUGGCUAUUCCUCCCGUUCCCUCCAAGGAAAUCUUCUCGGACCUACAAUGGACUACCCUUUUGUCCAUCGCCGACACGAUAAUACCUGCCGUCCGCAGUCCCGCAGCGCCUGCCUCGUCGUCCACUAAAGUCAUUCCUCAAUCCCAGCUUAACGCUGCCAUCUCGGCACUGGCAACCACCAUCCAUGACCCCGAUGCAGUUGCGCUUGCGACGCGGUAUCUGGAAGAGUACCCGUCCGCCAAUCCCGCUUUCCGGGAGGGAAUCCAGCGCUUAUUUGGUAGCUACGUGCACGAAGAAGGGAGGAAUGGAAUGAGCUUUAUUUUGAAUGCACUGAAUUCCAAGGCAGGGGCACUAAUCCUAACUGGCUCAGUGACCCCGUUUCAAGAUCAGCCAUUUGAAUUCCGUGAAAAGGUCCUACGGGAUUGGGAAACCUCUAGGUUAAAGCCACUGCGUGCCACCUAUCGGGCUCUGACGGGCAUGGUCAAACGGGCAUGGACUACGUUCAGCCCGACCUUGUGCCCGGUUCUUGGCUUUCCCCGGGUUCCAGUGCACGGGAAGCCUGCAGAUAACUUCAAGUAUGAAUUUUUGCAGAUUCCACCCGGUGCUCAACCCGAGAUAAUUGAGACGGACGUUGUCGUAGUGGGAAGCGGCUGUGGUGGUAGCGUCGCGGCCAAGAAUCUGGCUGAAGCGGGUCAUAAAGUCUUGGUCGUAGAGAAGUCUUACCACCACUCGACGAGGCAUUUUCCCAUGGCUUUUAACGAGGGAUUUGUUAGCAUGUUCGAGGCUGCCGCUGCCGUGGGGACUGAUGAUGGCUCUAUGGGCAUCUUUGCGGGCUCGGUGUGGGGAGGCGGUGGUACUGUGAACUGGUCCGCAAGCCUGCAAACCCAAGGCUACGUUCGUCAAGAAUGGGCGAACCUUGGCCUUCCUUUCUUCACCUCAUUGGAGUUCCAGAAGAGCCUGGAUCGUGUCUGUGAGCGAAUGGGCGUCAGCUCGGAACACACCCAGCACAAUACGUCAAAUCGUGUUCUCCUUGAAGGAGCGCGGAAACUAGGAUACGCUGCGAGCCCUGUGCCUCAAAACACGGGAGGUGCUACACAUUACUGUGGACACUGUACGUUGGGAUGUCGCUCGGCAGAAAAGAAGGGUCCAACGGAGACCUUCCUGGUCGAUGCGGCCAAUGCAGGAGCCACGUUUGUGGAAGGAUUCCGCGUGGACAAAGUCCUCUACACGGAGACGAAAGGUGGAAGAGUCGCCUCCGGGGUGGAAGGAAUAUGGACUUCCCGGGAUGCACACCUAGGUCUCUCCGGUGUCGGUGCAACCAAGCGCAAGGUAAUCAUUAAAGCCAAGAAGGUGGUCGUCUCCUGUGGAAGUCUCCAAAGCCCUCUUCUCCUGUUGCGCAGUGGGAUCAAGAACCCCCAAGUGGGCCGAAAUCUCCGUCUUCAUCCAGUCGUCAUAGGGGGUGCUGUCUUUGACGAGGAGAUUCGGCCGUGGGAAGGAGGUGCUUUGACAGCCGUAGUCAAUGAAUUUGAAGAUCAGGACGGCCACGGCCAUGGUGUCAAAAUUGAAUGUCUAACGAUGAUUCCACCCGCAUUCCUCCCUGCUUUCCCCUGGAGGGAUGGGUUGGAUUACAAGCUGUGGGCAGCUAAGCUACCGCGUAUGACCGGCUUCAUCACGCUCACCAAGGACAAGGGUAGCGGUCGAGUGUACCCUGAUCCUGUCGAUGGGCGAUGCCGCGUCGACUAUACCGUUUCUGCCGUUGACCGCAAGCACAUAAUUGAAUCUCUAGUGGCCAGCGUGAAGAUUGCCUAUAUUUCAGGGGCGAAGGAAUUCCAUACUUCGUGCCGCGAGAUGCCACCCUUUAUUCGGCCCGCAGAGGCAGCCGAUCCAGAAGCAGCGGAGGGCACGAAUAAUGCCGCCCUUCAGGCAUGGAUCGCGGAAUUGCGUCGCAAGACACUCGAUCCGGAGCGGACACUGUUUGCGAGCGCUCACCAGAUGGGCAGUUGUCGCAUGGGACCAUCAUCCCGUUCCAGCGUCGUGGAUCCCAAUUGCCAGGUCUGGGGCACGCGUGGAUUGUACGUCGUGGACGCGUCUGUGUUCCCCAGUGCCAGUGGUGUGAAUCCCAUGGUGACCAACAUGGCGAUUGCGGAUUGGGCGAGUCAGAAUAUUGCCAAGUCUAUGGACAUGAGGGCUUCGAGAAGCGACGAGAGCCUGAUGGCACGGCUUUGA